UAGCUUUGUCAAUCGAUAAGUCUCCUGUGAGCAAGUUGUUUGUCGUUUCCUUUCUCCCUUUCUUUCGUAUUUUUUGCGUCGAAAUGAGUGAUCUUGGGGUAACAAGUGGCGAGGAAGAAGAGUAUUUUAGUGAUCCGGAGACCGUCAUGAAUGACCAGCAGCCUACAGAGAAGACACAUAAAGAUGAAGAAGAACAGGAAGAAGAGGAGGAGGACGAGGAGGACGACCCGGAGAAGCCAUGGCAGCGCAAAAAGUCCAAUGUGAAGAGUCGAAUAUGUUUUCUACGAAAGUCCGGCCAACUCUCGGACCUCACCGUCACUUUCCCGGGAGACACGAGAACGAUCAAGGUCCACCGGCUGGUUCUGGCCAUGAGCUCCCCCGUGCUGAAGACUCUUCUCGAAGAUCCUCUCGAGAACAACGUCUUCGUUCGGCCCGAAGAUCCUCCCGAGGCCUUUGAAUGGCUCUUGGAUCACAUUUACCAAGAUAAGAGCAAGCUGCCCGAGGUGAGCGUGGCGGUGCAAGUGUACCAGCUGGCGAGCAGGUACAAGAUGGAUUCGCUGUGUCGGAUGUGUUCGGAGUUCUUGUUGGAGAAAGUUAACGUGAAGAACUUUCCCUUUGUCUACAACACAGCAGUCUUUCUACAAGAUACAAAACUCCUUGAGAAGUGUUCUUUGGUCCUGGCGCCUUCCUCCGACCAAAUCAUGUCGUCACAGGAUAUCGGAGUGAUGAACGCCGACGCCCUUACGAAGCUCCUGCAGCAUCCUAGUCUGUCAGUUUCCUCAGAGACCCUCGCGUACAAAGCCCUGAUCAAGUGGGGCCGCUCGAAGCUGGCCGACCAAAGUCCGGAGAGUCUUCGCCAGGCAGUGAAAGAGUUCCUUCCGCUGGUGCGCUUCAGGGCGAUGACAACUGAUGAGUUCGUGGAGCACGUCCUUCCUUCGGAGGUUCUGAACAACGAUGAAUGCGUCAAGCUCCUCAAGACCAUCAAAGGCGUCACCAACGUUUCGCCUGAUGUCGCGCCGUGCGAAAUCAGCGAAAAGAGACCAUGUCUUGAAAAGGUCGCGGAGCUUCUGAAUAUCCAAGAGGACAUUACCAGCACCUUCACCAACGAGGCCGAGGUGUCGAUUGUAAAGAAUUUCAAGACCUCGAAGCCGAUCUACGUAAGUAAGGUCUUGUGCACCACCCUCUCCAGCCUAGCUCAAGGAACCGCCGAGGUGAAGGAUGACGAGGACAAGGUGCUUGGCAGGGGAUCCUGGCAAUGGAUGUCGUGCAGUUUCCCACAGCCCGUGAGACUCGAACCGGACAAGCCGUACAGAGUGGACGUGGCCAUGAAGGAGCUAAGGUGGGUCAAUGCAUAUGGAACCGUUAACGUCCAACAGGAAGAAGGCAAUUUCACAGGAGAAGCUCUGUUCGGGAAGGUCAUGCUAUAUUUCUUAGAGGACAGCCCGCCAAAGGAGCCACCGCUUCCGGAGGAAAGCACAGAGAAGGAACCACCUCUAGAGGACAAUCCACCAAAGGAGCCUCCACUUCUAGAAGACACACCUCCUGAAGGAGAUUGAACUGGAAUAACAAGUCAUUGUUCUCUCUCUCCCACUCUCUCUCUAUUUUCAGUUAAGCAAGUGUCCCCUCGCAGGUCCUGGCUUCUUCCUCCAACUAAAUAAUGUUAUCGCAAGAUAUCAGAGUGAUGAACGCCGAUGCCCUUACGAAGCUCCGGCAGCAUCUUUGUCUAUCGGUUUCCUCAGAGACCCUCAUGUACAAAGGCUUGAUCACGUGGUGCAUCUAGCUUGUUUUGGAUUCUCAUUCUCUUUCUAUCUGUUUCUUUAUUUUGUUUUAUGUGUCUGUUUCCCUCUGUGAAAGGUUCAUCUUGUAAACAUCUUGUCACUGUUACCAAAUGUGAGCGUUGUUUAAGUUGCCUUGUUGUUAAGCUGUGAGGGUCGUUCAUGUCGCAAGCUUGACAGAAGCAAUAUCCCACCACUGCCACCAGAUGUGAUAUGUUUGUCUUGUAGACAUCCCACUGCUGCCACCAGUCUGUUAGGGUUUGGUUGGUUCCCCGGAAACACAUGGUCUGGUUGUAGUCUCUCUCUCUCUCUUUAUAUAUAUAUUUAUAUAUAUAAUGUUUUUUUUUUCCUCAACAGCCAUUCAUUCCACUGCAGGACAUAGGCCUCUUUCAAUCCUGAUUGGAUGCUCUUCCAAAUCAACCGCAGUUCGGCGCACUAACACUUGUGCCAUCCCCUAUGACACCUGCAUUUGACUUCUCAAAGCGAUAUGUCGUUUUCUCGGUCUCAAGCCAGCAGUUAGACCACAGGCAUUUUUACGACCGCCGCAACGGGGAAUUGAACUCGGGACCACGAGGGUCGGAGUCCAGUGCUCUAACCACUGGACCAUUGCGGCAGUCAUAUUUAUAUAUAUGUGUGUGUGUGUGUAUUGUAUAUAUAUAUAUAAAUAUAUAUGUAUGUGUGUGUGUGCAUGCAUGUGUGUAUAUGUGUGUGUGGUCUAUAUAUCUGGUCUAAGUAUAUGUAUAUAUAUAUAAUGUAUAUAUAGAUAAAUAGAUACCUAACUAAUGAUCUAUCCAUUCACGUCUUGUUGAUCUAAUUAUUGCAUUAGGUUAUUUUUAGCACAACGAAUCUUUCGACGCCGUCAUUUUCGAUCAAAAUAGAUAAAUAUGAACAACCAAAAUGACCAAAUACGUAGGAAAACUUCGAAAAUCGCUAUGAGACUUUAGGACCAGCCAUGGAGUUUUUUUUUUUUUUCUCUUUUUUUUUUUGUAAAGCAAGCUAGUAUUGACCGUCCCUUCUGAAACUGCAAAACCAGUUUUCUGAACUCUUUCAAAAAAAUGGGAGUUGGAAAUUACUUUCUAUUUGUUUAGUUGGACUCCAUUUCAACGGAAUGUUAAAGUUGUUGAACGUUGAUUUUUCAUUUUUUUUUUAUUAAAGAUAUAAAAGAGAUGAAUGUAUAUGAUCCAAUAUCUUUACGUGUUGUAUAAUCUGACUUUUUUUAAAGAAUUAUGAAAUAAAUAUGCUCAAACAAAA